CCCGCUUUCCUCUACAUUCCCCUCCCUUUUGUUUUUAUGAGGCGCAUAAUUAUUAGUAAAGACCCCUAAUUACUCAAAGUCCGAUUCAAUCGCCGCCGGCUUCCGCCGUAUCAGAUCCGUCUUCUCAGAUCAUGCGCUUCGUGUCCACGCCGACUCCAUUCUCCCGCGCGAGCUUCUCGUAGAUCGUGCUUCUUCUCGCUCCUCUCUCUUUCCACUUGUCCCUGCUCGUUCCUUGACACGUUGCGGCGUUUCUCUGAGAUUGUGAUUUUGUAAGCGGCGGCGGCGCGUGGUCGUUUUGAUUCUUUUUUUUGGAAGUGGAUUUGGAUAUAUUACGGUUAAGGGGUCUGGUUUUGGGAAUCCAGUUUCUAUUUUUGGAAAUAUUUGGAGUUGGGGAUUCGGAGCUCCGAAAACCCGAUCUUGAACUUGAAUUAAAGCAUUCAAAUAUUUUCCCACUUUUGACUCUGAAACUUUUUGUUAUAAAUAGCAGUAAGUGUUUUUCAGUGAGAGUAUUUUCGUCCGGCGACGUUUCUUAUUAGCAAUGGAAGACCGAAACGUCCGGUGUAGGAUUUCCGACGUCGUUAUGGACGUCGUGAUGCCGUAUCUGCACGACCCGAAGGACCGCGACGCCGUGUCGUUGGUGUGCAAGCGGUGGUACGAGCUCGACGCGCUCACGCGGAAGCACGUGACCAUCGCGCUCUGUUACACCACUACCCCCGAUCGGCUGCGGCAGCGGUUUCAGCACCUGGAGUCGCUGAAGCUGAAGGGGAAGCCGAGGGCGGCGAUGUUCAAUCUGAUUCCGGAGGACUGGGGAGGGUAUGUGACGCCGUGGGUGAGGGAGAUCGCCGACUCCUUCCACCGCUUGACGUGUCUGCACUUUCGGCGGAUGAUUGUUAGGGAUUCGGACCUGGAGCUGCUGGCUGAGACGCGCGGGCGCGUGCUCCAGGUGCUUAAGCUCGACAAGUGCUCAGGGUUUUCCACCGAUGGGCUUUUCCACAUCGGCCACUCCUGCAGGAAUUUGAGGACCUUGUUUUUGGAAGAGAGCUCCAUAAAGGAGAAGGACGGCAAUUGGCUACACGAGCUUGCUGAGAACAACACUGUCCUGGAGACUCUGAAUUUUUAUAUGACGGAUCUUAUCAAAGUCAAAAUCGAAGACCUUGAACACAUAGCCAAAAACUGUCGCUCCUUAUCCUCUGUGAAGACUAGUGAUUGCGAAAUCUUGGAUCUAGUGGGCUUCUUCCGUAAUGCAGCUGUCUUGGAAGAGUUUUGUGGGGGUUUCUUCAACGAGCAAUCAGAGAGGUACUCUGUUGUAACUUUACCCCAAAAACUUUGCCGUCUGGGUCUAACGUACAUGGGAAAGAACGAAAUGCCAAUAGUAUUCCCAUUCGCAACCCUUCUCAAAAAGCUCGAUCUUCUUUAUGCGUUGCUGGACACUGAGGACCAUUGCACAUUAAUUCAAAGGUGCCCCAACCUGGAAAUUCUCGAGACAAGGAACGUUAUUGGAGAUAGAGGACUAGAAGUUCUUGCUCGGAGUUGCAAGAGACUAAGGAGGCUCCGAAUUGAGCGGGGCGCAGAUGAACCAGACAUGGAGCACGAAGAAGGUGUUGUUUCACAACGGGGUCUGAUGGCCCUGGCACAGGGCUGCCUAGAGCUCGAAUACGUGGCUGUUUAUGUAUCGGACAUCACCAAUGCAUGUCUGGAAUACAUUGGGACUUACUCUAAAAAUCUCUCUGAUUUUCGCCUUGUCUUGCUGGACCGAGAAGAGACAAUAACAGAUUUGCCACUUGACAAUGGGGUUCGAGCUCUUUUGAGGGGAUGCCAGAAGCUUCGUAGGUUUGCUCUGUAUCUCCGUCGUGGGGGCUUGACUGAUCUGGGACUGAGUUAUAUCGGCCAGUACAGUCAGAAUGUGAGAUGGAUGCUUCUGGGUUAUGUUGGGGAAUCUGAUGCAGGGCUUUUGGCUUUCUCAAAGGGUUGCCCUAGCCUGCAAAAAUUGGAAAUGAGGGGUUGCUGCUUCAGCGAGCGUGCACUCGCUGAUGCUGUAAUGCAACUGACUUCCCUUAGGUACUUGUGGGUGCAGGGGUACAGAGGAUCUGGAACUGGUCGCGACCUUUUGGCAAUGGCUCGCCCAUUUUGGAAUAUCGAGUUGAUUCCUCCGAGACGAGUUGAUGUUCCUGAUCAGCAGGGAGUCGAGCAUCCAGCCCAUAUACUUGCAUACUACUCACUUGCUGGACCGAGAACAGAUUUUCCAGACAGUGUUAUUCCCGUUGAUCCGGCAUCCUUGCUCUCCUUCUAGAUCUGUAAAUACAACCUCUUUUUUUAUUCCACAAGCAGUCAUUUUCUUGCCACGCCUUGUUUAUAAGUUGAUGUAACUUUUUUACUUUUCUUUAGAGGGUUUCGUUUUCAUAUUUUCAAUUUUAUUUCUAGACUCUUAGUUCUGUAAUAAGUUUGAGUUAUCCUGUGUAAUCUGAAAGCACUUGCACUCUUUGACCCCAAACUGUUUCGGUCCUCUUUUCCGGACAGUUUGCUUCAAUUUCAAGCCUGUAGCGACUGGUAUUUGUUUGCUGAGGACAAUCUUGCUGGGAAACUAUUGUACUUUCUGGAGCGCAAUGUGGCGGUGUUGCAAGUUUUUGAAUAAAAUUGAAGAGUGAUUUUGCUUGCCCGAA